AAAUAUUAGGUUUGAGAUUCUUCAAGGGUGCCUCUUUUAACAACUCCUAAAUCUUGUAAUGUCACAAAUCUCUGAGUGUAAUCUUAGAGUUUGCAAAAAGGGAAGCUCUUCUAGGUAGUGAAAUGCCAAGCUGAUGGGAAAAAAUUGCAGUAAGUUCUUCUCAAGUCCAGGAUUUGGACAGAAACCAUACACCUAUUUGCAGUGUGUUCUUUCCAGUAGAAGGAGCAUAGGUGUUGAAGUUGGAGAGGCCUGGGUUCCAGUCAGUGUCUCUCUCACUUCUGGUGAUCUUGGGCAAGUUAAGCUUAUGUCCCUGAGCCUUUGUGGCCUUCAACAAAAAUCUGGGCUAAUAAUUCCUACCUCAUAGAGGUGUUGUGAAGAUCAGAUGAUGACUAGUGUGUUAAUUGUCCAGCAUAGUGCCUGGUGCUAAGACAGGGACUGAGAGGGCAGUCUUGGAGCUGCUGCAGUUUUUUCCUUGGUGAUGGUCCAUUAUAGUCUUGGGUCCACAAAAUGCUGGGGUUCUUCCAGAGAGAAUUGGAACCAAAGGGAGGGGGAGAGAGUCAUCUUAACUUUGGUGAGGUUCAGACCAGAAAUAGCUAGAUUGGAGAAAUACCUGCAGGGGCACAAAAGGAAUGAUCUUUCAGUUGAGACUUCUGGGCACGUUACUUAACCCUCUGGUCAUGCCAGCUACAUCAAGAGAGUGGACAUGCGGAUUAAAGGAGAGAGUAUAUAUAAAGAGCUUAGCCCAAGGUCUGGCAUGUAAUAAGUGCUCAAUAAAUGGAGCUAUCACUAUUAUGAUAGUUGUGAAUAGUCUUUGAUAAUUGUUAAUAAUGAUAAUAAUCAUUUGAGACUAAAUGGCUGAGAGUGACCCAAUUUUUGUGUUUUUACAUUAUCCUGGUGUUGCCUUACUUAAUUUCUGGAAGCCCGGGGUCAUUCCACUUCUUUGUUUUUCCACUUCUUGUACAGUAGUUUUUUAACAUAGAAUUUUCAAGUUCUAGUGUGUCCAGAGUAUGUAUAAUGGGCUGGUGAUAUUUUUAGGAGUUUAUGCAAAUACGAGGAUAUGGCUUUGGUUGAAGAGAGUGUAUUUUGAAAGGGGUUUGGCAAGCAGAUUUGUAAGGAAGAGGUUUGUCUUGUUAGAAAAGUCAGGUUCAGAAUAGGAAAAAACCAUUAUCUUUAUCUAAAAUCCAGAGUGGUUGGGUAAUGGUUUGGGGUUUUGGCUGCCUAAAUACGUUGCUUAUUCUUUAUGUGGGGCAGAGGAACUACUUCUCAUUAACCUGGAGACAGGAGACUCACAGCGGUGAGCGUGGUGGGGAAAGGAUGGCUGGCUCUGCUGAUGGAGGAAUAUUGUAGAGCAGAGAAAGGCUCUUACCCACUCUUAGAAUGUUGGCAAGUUGUGCAGGGAGGGCCUGGGGUCAACAGUAGGAUUGAAGCUUUAUUAGGUAAGGCUCAGAGGUCCUCUCGUGGGGAACGCUGCCAUACGUGGUUGCAUAAUUGUCAAAGAGUGUAGUACGUAAAUGAGAUUCUUUCCCCCUUCCCUAACAAUUGACUCUUCUGAAAUUUCCUGGAUUGUUUCGGAGACCCAACUGUUGCAUAAAGCAGGGUGCCCUCUUGCAUUGCUCUGCAUGGGGUGGAUGCUCAGUAAAUUGUGCCAGGCUGCCUGAUGUCAUGUGGCCUGUGCUUUGGACCGUGGUGCGUACCUAUGCUCCCUAUGUCACCUUUCCCGUGGCCUUCGUGGUUGGGGCUGUGGGCUACCACCUGGAAUGGUUCAUCCGGGGGAAGGAUCUCCAGCCUGUGGAGGAGGAGAAGAGCAUCUCGGAGCGCCGGGAGGACCGCAAGCUGGAUGAGCUGCUAGGCAAGGACCACACCCAGGUCGUGAGCCUUAAGGACAAGCUGGAAUUUGCCCCUAAAGCUGUCCUGAACAGAAACCGCCCGGAGAAGAAUUAAUGGAGGACACAGGGCCCUAUGGGUCCUUCUGGGGGCCAGGACUGGUCCUGCCACCAUGUCGACCCAGCAACCAGAACCCACAUCUGAUUUACUUUAUUGCUUCUUCUGGCCCCUCCCGCCCCACACAGCCACACACAUACUGGCUGCUCUGCUAUGGCCAGGCAGACACACUAGUAGCUGAGGGGCCAGUGAAGAGGAAGGCCCGUGAGGGUUCUGGCCUGAAGGCUGCCUCUGCUGGAUGGUGACCACAGCUGCUCAGGCUUCUGCGUUGCUAGGUGCACCACAGGGAGGAGAGUGAUGAAGUGAACAUUGGCUGUCAGUCCCUGUGGGGAGGCAGUUUGGCCUCAGGUGGGAGUGGCUGGGAUUGGGGUGAUGCCUUUAGGAGGGGUACCUACAUGCCUAGUUCUAGUUUGCACUGGGAAGAGUUCAGAAAUCUCCCUGGCUCCCUUAGCUAGCUUGCUCUGUCCUUUGUGCGCAUUCUCCCUGAAAUCCUGUCAGCUCAGGAAGGGGUUUCCCCUGGGAAGGAAAGCAGUUUUCUGUUCUUGGGAGCCCAGGCUGUUCACCUUGGGGCAGGUGAAUUUGCUUGAAAACAGUCAUUGUCUUUCACCCCCCACCCCGUCACUGUGUAGUGCAAAACUUGAUUAAAGUGGCGUCUGAGAACCA